AUGACAGCAAAUCGUCCAGUACCAAUUGUUGUCGUCUCAUCUGAAAGCAUUCCAAAUAAAAUUCGUAAUAUCGAUGAUAUUGAAUAUGAACUAUCGCAAAGUUUUGUUCCAUUAAAAUCAACACCAUCACGAAAAAGUAAAGGUCGAUCUUUAAUCAAAUAUAAAAGUGCUCCACCAAUAUCAAUAGUAACGGAUGAAAAUGAGGAAAUCAAAGAGAAUGAAAUCACUCGAUUACAUGUUAUUUCACAUAUUCUACCUCGAUUUCCUGUUCGUCAUGGUAAGCUAGGUCUUAUAAAAAAAAAGAGUCCGGAUAUGCAUUUUUCUCUUGAAGGUAUUCUUAAACAAAAACGUAAGCAAUCAUCAAAGAAAAAGGUUUUAACUGAAAAAACUUCUGAUAAUACUAUGCAAUUUGAGAAUAUGGAUAAACUUCUUGAAUCAAAUUUAUCCAAUGAUGAUGUUGAUACAAUAAAAAAGAAAAAAUUUAAGAGUAACUUAAUACAGUUGACUCCUGACGAUCUUCAACAGACAGCAUUGAAAAUUCAAGGCAAAUAUUUUCAUGGAAAAACAAGUGAUUAUGUAAAACUUUAUGUUCUUCAGGGAACUGAGCUCGAAGAAUGGUUUCGAUAUUUAAGGGCUGGUUUCAAUAUUCUUUUGCAUGGUGUUGGCUCGAAAAAGUCGCUCGUAUCAGUUUUCUUCAAGAAAUAUUUAAAAAAUGAAUAUCUUACAUUUACUAUUAAUGGAUUUUUGCCUAAUAUUACGAUUAAACAAGUUCUUCAAACAAUUUGUUAUUGUCCAGAGAUGAAUAUUGCUCAAUCGAACAACAAUGAAGAAUGCAUACACGAUAUAAUCAAGAAGCUGAAAAAAGAAAAAUUACAUAUUUAUUUAUUGAUAAAUAAUAUCGAUGGAAUGAAUUUUCGUAAUACCAAUGUACAAAACAUAUUUAAAUUAGCAGCUCAAUGCCAAUAUAUUCACAUUCUUGCUACUAUCGAUCAUAUUCAUGCACCAUUAAUCUGGAAUCAGCAAAGUCUUAAUAGUUUCCGAUGGAUAUGGUAUGCUGUACAUACAUGGUUACCUUAUAUUGACGAAACAACUAAUGAAAGACUUAAUACAAUUCGUUUGAAAACAAGUCAAUUAUCAAUCAGUGCUGUUGAACAUGUUAUUGAAAGUUUAACACCGAAUGCUCGACGCAUUUUUCGUUUACUUGUUGAAGCAUUUUUGGCUAAUAACAAUUCCAAAGAUUACGAGGGCAUGAAAUUUACGGAAUUAUAUGAACAAUGUAAACGUUCAUUUUAUGUAAAUAAUGAACAAAAUCUUCGGUUACAAUUAAUUGAAUUUAUCGACCAUCGUCUUAUUAAACUUGGCAAAAGUGCAAAUGAUGGACAAGAAAUCGUUCGAUUACUUAUCGCUGAACAAGAUAUUGUUAAACAGUUAUUGGAUAAACUCAAAUAA